UUGUGUGCGUGCGCGUUCCGCUGCGCCGACGGGCAUGUCAGUGCUCUUGGGCGAGGAAGACGCGCGCAGCUUUCGCGCGUCGGACUAUCAGCGGCAGACGAGGCCGUGGCGCGCGCCAGUCGCUGCUUUGCCAUCGGAGGAGGAGGAACAGCGGCGGCGGCGGCGACGGCGGCAGCGGUGACGGCGUGCUGGCACGGAGAGGAUCGAUACGCGGGCCGAAAUUCGAGCGAAAGUUGGGUGCCAAAAGUAGGCAGAAAAACACUUGUGCGAUUAUGCCGGGAGUUAGAGAUUGAGGGGUACGCGUUGAGUUUGAACUUGCUCGAGCGUUGGUCGUUUGAAUAUAGAUAACCCUCGAGCAACGGUAGGAGGCGUCCCCUUAGCGCAACGAUGGUCAAAGGUUCCUCGGAUUACGUCAAGGCCGUCGAAGGUGGCUUGCCACCCACGCAGGCGAUCGAGACGAAAAUCUACGCGCGGCGAUGGCUGGUGCUGGGCAUAUUCGUGCUGUACAGCGCGAGCAACUCGAUGCAGUGGAUCCAGUACAGCAUCAUCUCCAACCUGAUAGUGCAGUACUACGACGUGCUGAACUUCUCGGUCGAGAUGACGAGCAUGAUCUAUAUGAUCACUUACAUCCCGUUCAUCUUCCCGGCCAGCUACUUCCUCGACAGAUUCGGUCUGAGGUACGCGGCUCUGCUGGGCGCCCUGGGCACGUGCGUCGGCAGCUGGAUCAAGGUGGUGAGCGUCAGUCCCAACAAGUUUUGGAUAGGGUUCGCUGGCCACACCGUCGUGGCGGUCAGCCAGACGUUCAUCCUGUCGGUGCCGGCGCGCCUGGCCGCCGUCUGGUUUGGACCCGACCAAGUCAGCAGCGCCUGCAGCAUCGGGGUCUUUGGCAAUCAGCUGGGUAUCGCCAUUGGCUUUCUCUUCCCUCCGAUGCUCGUGCCCGACAGCAAGGACAACGGCGUGAUCGGGCAAGGUCUGCAGCUCAUGUUCUACAUCGUGGCCAUCUGCACCUCCGUCAUUCUUCUGCUGUUGAUAUUGUUUUUCAAGGAUAAGCCCCCACUACCGCCCAGUCCCGCGCAAGCCGUGCAAAGGGAGUCCGAGGCGUCGGAGAGCUUUUUCCUCUCGAUCAAGCGGCUCGUCACCAAUUCCGGCUAUUUGCUGCUUUUGCUCAGCUACGCCGUGAACGUUGGCAUCUUUUACGCCAUCAGCACUCUGCUCAACAACAUCGUCUUGACGCACUUCCCGGGUCACACCAUGGAUGCUGGCAGAAUUGGACUGACGAUCGUGUGCGCUGGCAUGCUGGGCUCGGUGGUCUGUGGAGUGAUUCUAGACAAGACGCACAGAUUCAAGGAGACGACUCUUGGCGUUUACGUGUUUUCAUUUUUGGGCAUGAUACUGUUCACCUUCACGCUCGAUGUCGGUUCGAUCGUCGUCGUUUACGUGACUGCCGGCCUGCUCGGAUUCUUCAUGACCGGAUACUUGCCAGUGGGCUUCGAGUUCGCCGCCGAGCUGACCUACCCGGAGCCAGAAGGCACAUCGGCUGGCUUGCUGAACGCCACGGUACAAAUCUUCGGCGUCGCGUUUACGAUGCUGUACGGGCAAUUGAUCGACUUAUGGGGAGACUACUACGCGAAUAUCGCUCAGUGCGUUGUGCUGUUCGUCGGUAUUAUACUCACCUCCAUCAUACCGAACGAUCUCAGAAGACAGAACGCCAAGUUCUAAUCGUCGCCGAGUCCUCGAACACGGCAAUCUGUCUUUUUUUCUCUUAUUUUACUUUAAGGUAAUCUAGUCAUAAUAACGCGCCACGAGCGUUCUUUGUUUCUUCCCGUUUUUCUCUAUUUCUUUCCCUCUUUGUUUCUUUUUUCUACCAAGCCAUUGCCAUUGUUUCACGAGUCUCUAGUUUUUUUAGCCAAGAUGCUUGUCAACGCCAGCGUCAGCGGUACAACUUCGCGUGGCCAAAACGCCGAUGAUUCUCGACGGACCAUCCUACUAUGUACGCAACGCGAGCCGCCGCGAGUAACGACGCGUACAGGAUAAAUGUAUAUUUUGAAUAAUAGGAAUGCUCUGCUCUUCUUGAUUGUCACGGGCGCGGACGCGCGUGUCUGAUAAAUUUGCGUCGCUUGCCACGACACGCGGAGCGGCAUUUUACAACGCGAUCAUCGCGAGCGAGCGAGGAAGUCGUUUUUCAUAUGUCUUAUUACAUAGACGAGCUGCAAUAGCUGCAUGAGCAUUUUUCAACGGGAUAUAUUUAUUAAUUUACUCGCGAUGUAUGCCGAAGCAUUUAGUGAUCAGCGAAGAGGAUCCACACCUGAAUAGGAUUAUAUGGUGUAUAUAUACAUACAUGCAUACAUACGUAUGCGAUUGUUAUCAUACUUUAAUAUUUAUAUGUAAUAAUAUGUGAACGGAAUAAUCUAACGAGACAAUAAUUAACGAUUGUAAUGGAUGCGCGGCAUAUUAUGGAUCAAUCUACUGAAUUCCGAAAGUUUUUAAAUUUCCAGAAAAAGAAAGCAACUUUGUCCGAAUAACUUUCACUUAAUCUAAUAACCGAUGCAUGCCUUGCAUAUUUUAUUCUGUUUUAUUCGAUGAGGUAUCGAUAAGCAGUAUGUAUUCACGAUUUAAUAAACAGUGGAUACACAUUGCUCGUAAGUGCUCUUCCCAAAAUGCCUAUUAAAUAAACGGACAAUAUCUUGAUUUUCUCAAUGGGAAAUGUAUUAAUCCUAAGUAAAAUUUAAGAAAUGGAACAUGAUGCGCUGUUGAACUUUGUGUUAAAGUACAAAAAGAAAAAAAGAAUAGAGGAAAAAGUAACGUUGAAUGGUGCUACGAAGUAUACGUUGAGUAUACAAUUGAAUUUUAAGUAAAUAAUAUGUGUGCUAUUAUAUGGCUCUUAAGUGUUACAAUUUUAAGAGAUAACGUUUUGCUGUUUUAAAUAUCCGUUCGAGAUGAGAGACAAAUUCGAAUAUAUGAAAAAUAGGUCAAUUUGUGAUCUAACUGUGAUCGCAUAUAUGUGAAAUGAUAAUAUUCAAUAUCGAUAUGAAUAAUGUUAUUUAAUGUAAUAAUUGAAAGAGAAAUUUUGAAUUUAGAAAACUGUUUUAGAUAACAAUGUUGGCGGAAAGUUACGUGGAUUUAUUCGCGCACGUAGGCUGUAAACUACGUAUUCCUAGCCAACCACUCUUUAAUAUGUAAUAUAUGGCUCAUUAGAAUACGAUUUUUAUCAUGAAAUUAUGUGGAAGACAAUAUUUUUGCUUGUUACGAACUGUAAGCCCUUAAGAUAUUUCUAUAUACAAGUAUUUGCAAUGUAUUUACAAUCUGUGACAUCGAAUAAUUUUAAGAAACGGAAAAGUAUAAAAAAGUAUCAAUUUAAAGUUAAACUUCAAAACGAUUAUAAUCGUGAUUUUUGCUAUUCCUGUUACGAUGAUUUAUGGAAUACCAAAAAGGAUGUGACCUCUAAUAUCUCAAGAAAAUUUACUGCUAAAAUUACAUAUCUUGUUGAAUAUCGUAUCAAAGUGUUUUAGAGAAAUAAUUAAUUGUAAUCGGAUUUAAUACCGUUGAUAUUUCAAUGACUGAUUUCAAUUAUAUCAGAUUUUCGUUUGGCGGGACCAUACGCAAGUAUUAUAAGUGAGUCUAAAAAAGUCUAAUUGGCCUAAUAUAAUUUAUAAUACUCGGAUUGAAAGUACGUGCGAAGUACUACGGUCAAAUUAAACAAUAAAGCCUAGAGUAUCUCAUGAAAAACAAUUAGCUGAAAAUUAUAUCAUUUCAAAAUGUUUUGUAGCUUCAUACCUUGAUUUUCAAUGCUGAAAGUUAUAACUAUGGUCCAUAGAGCUAAAAAAUGUUGCCACAUGAAAAAUAUUUUUGAUAGAAAAUGCCUUUCCAACUAGUUACAUUGUUCACGAAAGUGCGUCCGUGCAUGUGCAUUUGUUGUACUUGUAUUGUUGUUACA